CGUAGCUUCCGGCGUAUUCGGCUUAGCAACGGCCGGCCGCCAUUUUGUAAAGGUGCAAACAAACCACUUGUCAACAUACAAAAAGAAGGUAGUACGUGCAUUUCAACACUAUUUAAGCCGUUUUGACUUAGUUUUACGAUUCAGUCCGGACUGUGCCGUGAACAUGGUGAAGCACUGUUGCGUUUUUAAUUGUUCAAAUAAUAAAGCACGACAGGACAAACUGUCCUUUUACAUGAUACCGAACGAAGUCACCGAGCCCGAACGCAGAAAACGGUGGAUCCAGGCUAUAGGUAGAGCACACAUCAACGACGAUGGAACCAUAUCAAACAAAAUGUGGGAACCAAGAAGUGACUACACCUACGUGUGCUCUGCUCAUUUUAUUUCUGGUUCUAAAGUUAACAAUCAGUCACAUCCAGAUUUUGUUCCAAGCCUGUUUCCAUCUAAAAAAGAACCAAAGACUCCUGCCAGCAACAAGGUUGACAGGUUUCAUAGAUGUGCAUCUAGACAGGUUAAGCGGACAGAGUCCCAAGAAACAGGAUCCAAAACUCCAGCUCGAAAACGGCUUAAACUCACAAGUUCAAGAGAAAAUGAUUCUGCUGUGGAAUCCAUUCCUGACAGCCCUUUAUCCACCACAAGUUGUGUUCUCCAAGGUAAGAAAUUGUUUAAUAUUCAUGCAGUCUUUUUAUUUGUUCAUUAUUGCAUCUUUAUUUUUUUCAUGAAACAUGGAAAGCUCUUAAUAUUGGCAUUGCCGUUUGACCGAUCCAUUACCAUUAUAUUUCGGAAAUAAAUAUUAUUUAAAACAAUCAGUAAUUUAUUGUACACUUGUGUUAGUCUUGUUUUUCUGUCAGUUAAUCUACAGCACUUGUUAAUCCUAUUUACCACAGGAAGUGUCACUCCUUUCAGUAAUCAUCUAUGCUUGGAUAUAUUUGCAAGUCACUAAUGAUGUUCUUAAAAGGCAUUGUGUACCAUUCUCAAAUUGACAGCUGUGUCAGUUUCAUUUAGUGUUGUUUUUCUAGCAGCUAAUCCAGCGUUAAUCCUAUCUUCACAGGAAGUUUUAACUGAGUGCUGUAAGAAUCAAUCCUGGAGUACAUUUACAAUUUACUAAUGACUUUUAACUAUUGUGUACAAAAGAUGGGAUUAACAUAAAUGUAAAACAAUAUACUUGCUAGUCAUUAGCAUUUUUUUUUAACCUUUCAAAGCCAGUAAUAAUCAAUUUUAGUUUGUUAACAUGCUUAUGAUUUUAUAUACGAGUAUAUAUUUUCCCUGUAUAUGGUGAAAAAUAAAUUGUCAAUCAGGUUUUUAAUGUUUAGUUUUUUUGUUUUAUAGAUGCAGAAAGCCAGUUGAUCUUGAACAGUGAAAAAACAAACCCACUUCAAACCCCACUGCAAUCCUCAGAAAGAGAAAUGAUGCACGAGGAGCUAGAAAAUGUCCGAAAAGAAAGAGAUGGAGCUUUGAACGAGGUUGAAAGACUGAACAAAUGUCUCAAUGCAUGUAACAUGUCUGCUAUUUCAGUUGAAGGAAAUAAUGUUAAAUGUCAAAUGAUGACUGGUAUUAGAUGGACUAUUUUUCAGCAGUUGUUUCUUAUGUUAAGCACCUAUGUUAGUCGACAGGGUCUAAAAGAAACAAGUCUACCAUUCAGAGAACAAUUAUUUAUGACUUUUGUAAAAUUGAGACAUAACCCAACAUUUGAAUUUUUGGCUCAGUUAAAAGGUAUCCCCAAAAGUACAGCUAUUGAUUAUUUUUGGAAGUGGUUAAAUUUGCUCCAUGCAAAAAUAGGUUUCAUGGUGAAAUGGCAGGAUAGAGAAAGAAUUUUUCAAACAAUCCCACCUGUAUUUCAGUCCAAAUUUCCAAAGCUUACUUCGAUCAUCGAUUGUUUUGAAAUAUUCAUUGAGACUCCUAGAAACUUACAAGCUAGAGCAAAAUGUUGGAGCAAUUAUAAAAAACACUGUACUAUUAAAGUGUUCGUUUCAUGUAGCCCACAUGGGCAUGUAAACUUUUUGUCACCAGUGUGGGGUGGCCGAGUAUCAGAUGUCCAAAUUGUUAGAGAAUCUGGUUUCAUCUCUUUAAAAUAUCAUUUACCAGGAGACCAAAUUCUAGCAGAUCGUGGCUUCACUUUAACUGAAGAUUUUGCUACACAAUGUUCUGCCGAGCUCAUUAUGCCGGCUUUCACAAAAGGCAAGAAACAACUGUCCGCUAAAGAAGUGGAAACGUCAAGACAAAUUUCUUCUGUUAGAAUUCAUAUUGAACGUGUAAUUGGUUUAAUGAAAAACAGAUUUGGUAUUUUACAAGGUCCCCUACCCAUUAGAGUUGUUCAAAGUUUAAAAAAUGAAGCCGAUGGUUGUAUUCUAGCAAGCUGUGAUAUUAUUGUUGGCGUGUGUGCUGCAUUAAACAAUCUUGGUCAAAGUAUUGUAUUCCAUGAAUAAUAAUACAUAUAAGUGCAGACAAUGCAGUUAUAGGAAUAAAAUUACUGAGUAAACAUGACGGUACCCAAACAUAAAUUUAUAAAACAAUACUCCCGAUCCCUUAUACAUUUUCUUGGUUGAUAUACACAGGAAUAUGAUUUUUCAGCUUUUGAUAUGAUUUCCGCUUUUUCGUUUGCAUAAAAUAAUUUUCACAAAAUGGGUUUGAUCUGAAAUAAUGAAAACUGAACUUUAUUUGAGUAUAGUAUAGUUUUGUCUGCUGUUUAAAGAUUUCAGAUUUUAUUUUAAAAUGUGUAUCAUAAUCACAUCCCUGUUAAAGUAUUAACACUUGUCAAUUCAUGAACUGG